AUGGCAUCUCAAGGAACCUGUUACGGUGUGGCCUUCAGAUCUGUAGUCACUACCGAUGACACUCUAUUUCAAGAAACAAUCCAAUUCUAUCAUAAACUAGGUUUUUCCACCAUCAAAGACUUCAACAAAUUCAAGAACUCUGACAAUCACUUAUUAUCUGUCGGUACUUCUCAGGACUCCAUCAAAGAAGUAUGGUUAGAAGCUUUCAAACUAAGUGAAAUUGACGGUCAAGGUUUCCGUGUCCCACAACAAGAAGCAGCCAACAAGAAUCAAAGUCAAGGUGCUCUCUUAAAAGUCCGUCAAGUCAUGUCUCAAACCCCAUUACCAAAUGAAUCCUUAAAUGUCAUAUAUUUCACCGCUGCAUUAAACCAAAUCAUCUCUAAAUUCCCAUCAGCAAAGAAAAUUACCGAUUAUCUAUAUAUCUUAACUGAUCCAUUAGGUAACGAACUUGCAUUCACUUCAUUCGCAUCCCCAAUGGAUUCCAAUCCAAUGACUGACGCUUCUUGUUUCCAAGACCCAGCUUCCGCAACCACUUCCGCUGGAUCUGAAACAGUUAACGCAUCCACUUCAGCUAUCAAUCUUUUGAAACAAUCCCUAGCUGGACAAAAAAAGAAGAAGAUCGCAGUCAUGACCUCUGGUGGUGAUUCUCCAGGUAUGAACGCAGCUGUGAGAGCAGUGGUUCGUACUGGUAUUCAUUUCGGUUGUGAUGUAUUUGCCGUGUAUGAAGGGUACGAAGGUUUAUUAAGAGGUGGUAAAUAUUUGAGACAGAUGGCAUGGGAAGAUGUUAGAGGUUGGUUAUCUGAAGGUGGUACUUUGAUUGGUACUGCUCGUUCCAUGGAAUUUAAGAAACGUGAAGGUCGUAAGAGAGCAGCUGGUAAUUUGAUCGCUGAAGGUAUCGAUGCUUUAGUCGUUUGUGGUGGUGAUGGUUCUUUGACUGGUGCUGACUUGUUCAGACAUGAAUGGCCAUCUUUAGUGGAAGAUUUAGUUAAAGAAGGUACUUUCACUGAAGCUCAAGUGGCUCCUUAUAAGAAUUUGAAGAUUGUCGGUCUUGUUGGAUCUAUUGAUAAUGAUAUGUCUGGUACUGAUUCUACUAUUGGUGCUUAUUCUGCUUUGGAAAGGAUUUGUGAAAUGGUCGACUAUAUCGAUGCUACUGCUAAAUCUCAUUCUCGUGCCUUCGUUAUUGAAGUCAUGGGUAGACAUUGUGGUUGGUUAGCUCUUAUGGCUGGUAUUGCCACUGGUGCUGAUUACAUUUUCAUUCCAGAAAGAGCAGUCCCUCAUGGUAAAUGGCAAGAAGAAUUGAAACAAGUUUGUCAAAGACAUAGAGCUAAGGGUAGAAGAAACAACACUAUUAUUGUUGCUGAAGGUGCAUUGGAUGAUCAAUUGAAUCCAGUGACUGCUGAUAACGUUAAAGAUGCUCUUAUUGAAUUGGGUUUAGAUACCAAAGUCACAAUCCUAGGUCACGUUCAAAGAGGUGGUACUGCUGUUGCUCAUGACAGAUGGUUAGCUACUCUGCAAGGUGUUGAUGCCGUUAAGGCUAUCUUGGAAAUGACUCCAGAAACUCCAUCGCCAUUGAUUGGUAUCUUAGAAAACAAAAUCAUUAGAAUGCCAUUAGUUGAAUCUGUUAAAUUGACUCAAUCUGUUGCUGCAGCUAUUGAAAAUAAAGAUUUCGAUAAGGCUAUUUCCUUAAGAGACACUGAAUUCAUUGAACUAUAUGAAAACUUCUUAUCUACUACAGUGAGAGAUGAUGGUUCUGAAAUGUUACCAGUUACAGAAAGAUUAAAUAUUGGUAUUGUUCACGUCGGUGCCCCAUCUGCUGCUUUGAAUGCCGCAACUCGUGCUGCCACUCUAUACUGUUUAUCUCAUGGACACAAGCCACUUGCUAUCAUGAAUGGUUUCAGUGGAUUGAUUCAAACUGGUGAAGUUAAAGAAUUAGAAUGGAUUGAUGUUGAAAACUGGCACAACUUGGGUGGUUCUGAAAUUGGUACUAACAGAUCAGUUGCUGCUGAAGAUUUAGGUACUAUUGCUUACUAUUUCCAGAAAAUUAAAUUAGAUGGUUUAAUUAUUCUUGGUGGGUUUGAAGGUUUCAGAUCUUUGAAACAAUUACGUGAUGGUAGAUCUCAACAUCCAAUUUUCAACAUUCCAAUGACUUUGAUUCCAUCUACUAUCUCUAAUAAUGUUCCAGGUACUGAAUACUCCUUAGGUGUCGAUACUUGUUUGAAUGCUUUAGUUAAUUACACUGAUGAUAUCAAGCAAAGUGCUUCUGCUACAAGAAAGAGAGUUUUUGUUGUUGAAGUUCAAGGUGGUCAUUCUGGUUACAUUGCUUCAUUUACAGGUUUAAUUACUGGUGCAGUUUCUGUGUAUACUCCAGAAGAUAAGAUUGAUCUAUCAUCUAUCAGAGAAGAUUUAACCUUGUUACAAGAAAACUUCCGUCAUGAUAAGGGUGAAAACAGAAAUGGUAAGAUUUUGAUCAGAAAUGAAGAAGCUUCCAGCGUAUAUAGUACACAAUUGAUUGCUGAUAUCAUUUCCGAAUCCAGUAAAGGUAGCUUUGGUGUUAGAACUGCCAUUCCAGGUCAUGCUCAACAAGGUGGUGUUCCUUCUUCUAAGGAUCGUGUUGUUUCUUCCAGAUAUGCUGUUAAAUGUAUUAAAUUCAUUGAACAAUGGAAUAAGAAGAACCAAACUCCAGGUAGUAAUGUUGAUGCUAAGAUCUUAAGAUUCACAUUCGAUUCUCAAGGUGAAAAGAUUUCAACUGUUGAACAUGAAGAUGAUUCUGCUGCUGUUAUCUGUGUUAACGGUUCUCAUAUUACUUUCAAGCCAAUUGCAGGUUUAUGGGAAAACGAAACCAAUGUUGAAUUAAGAAAGGGUGAAGAGAUCCAUUGGACUGAAUUUAACAAGAUUGGUGACAUUUUGUCUGGUAGAUUAAGAUUAAGAGACGAAGUUGCUGCUUUAUCUGCCGAAUCCAACUAA